AUGUGUUUUCCAAAGGCCGUGGUGGGCACAGGAAAUCGAUGCUCACUCUUUUACUGUGAAGGACAGAUUCCAUCUCAGCAUUACCAGGAAUUUAAAGACUAUGUGCUGGAACAACCUGUGCAACCGAAUAAUACAUGCGAAGCAUCCCGUGUCAGUUACAAAGAAACGGGACAAUAUAGAGUAGGGAUCUUGAACCGUCAAAAAUCGAGAAGGAUCACCAACGUGCCUGAAUUAAUCGAGAGAAUGAUGGCACUGGAUAAAGUAAAAGAUGGGAUUGAUUAUUCGGUGGUGACGAUAGAUUUCGAAAAGGGGUGUGAUUUAAUUCAUACAGCCAAUGUGGUGAAAGAUCUAGAUAUCUUGAUUGCACCUUUUGGCAAUGGAUUAGGAUCUGGGUUAUUUAUGAAGAACGAUGCGACAGUGAUCAGUAUUCCGUCUCGGUAUUACACUGAAGAUUGGUUCAAAUACCCCAUGACGGCAAUCGGUAGACGUUUAUUUGAAUUUCAGUGUGAUUCUAGCCACUGUCAGGAAUACGAAGAGGAUCGUGCAGCUGAGAUUCUAAAUAGAUAUGGCGUGGUAUUAAACGCGACGGAAAUGACAGAGUUUGUGGCUAGUGCUUAUCCUCGCGAGGUGUUAUUAAAUCAUUUGCCCGAAGAGAAAAUUUAUACACCGAUCGGAUUAUAUCAUAAAGAUGUGGAGCGAAGGAUUGAUGUGGAUGGUUUCCUGCCUUUUCUGAAAAAAGUCAUGGAUAACAAACCACCGCCCAACAUGACUUUUCCGGAUACCUGCAAAAAAGAAAAUGUCUGUUGCGAUUCUGACUGUGGUGGACCACUAAGUAGAAAUAUCUUUGGUGAAAACAACGCCUGGAAAUAG